AUGACAACUUCUCAGGAAAAGAUGGACAAGAAAAAGAUCACAAAAAUUUGUGAAUAUGCUCCAGAGAAUGUCAAAAUCUUAUGGUGUGAUUAUUUAGCUAAAAGUACCUCUUUACCCAGAAAUAAACAGUUCAACAUAAAUCAAACAAUCAAACAAGAAAAGUUAUCUGGACAUCUGAGGUUGCAUGCACGGAUAGAACAGUCAGGACUUGAAAGUGAAAAAAUUCUACAUGUUAAAGAUUUGUUAGAUCAGUUUAGCAAAAAAAUAGUUGAGCAGCUACGCAGACAAAAAUCAAAAUCUGAAUACAGUGCAGCAUCAUCAGCAAACUGGACUCAAUUCCAAGAUGUAGUUGAUUUGGUUGGAAUUUGGAAUAUCACAUCAGAUGUCAAUUAUCCACCAAAUAGUGAAUUAAUAAACAAUAUUGCAAAUAAUAUUCGUACUGGAUUAUCAAAAGCUACAGAAAAUUUUAUUUCAAUACCUGGUGAAGUUCUAGUUUCUCUUGGUAUUUCUAUUCAUUUCAUUGAAUUAUUGAAAACAUAUACAAACUUUAUGUGGAAUGACAGAAAACAAUCAUAUAAAUCAAACCGUUAUAAAUUAGUUGGUAAGGAUGAUUUGUCUGUUAUUGAAAAACUUAGUCAUAGAAAGAGAAUUCCCAUAGAAGUAAAAACCAUUUCAUCAAUGGAUAAUGAUCAGCGGAAAACAAAAAUUACACAAAUCAUUGGACCUAUGGAUAGUUUAUUAGCAGAAUUAGAUUUUUUUGGUAUCAAGGAGGGAUAUGUUUUGCUAUCAAAUGGAUCAGUUUGGCAAGUUUAA